UGUCCUGUUCCCAGCAGCCAAUCUAUAGUGAAAUAACAGAGGUGAAAGCUGAAAUCAGAUGUGCAAGACAUGGCCUGGUCCCCCUAGUGCUACAGCUGCUUUUCCUCAUCCUCUGCUCCGGGGUCCUUGUGGCAUUCCUUCUCCAAGCUCCAAAGGUUCCCUGCACCCAGGAUCAGGAGGAGAUCUACCAGAAGCUCAUGCAGCUGAAGCCUAGAGUCGACAGCCUAUGCCGUCCCUGCUCUUGGGACUGGAUCGUCUUCCAUGGAAACUGCUACUUCUUCUCCAUAACUAAACGUAACUGGACUGAUUCCCUCAUUGCUUGCCAAGAAGUAGGGGCCCAACUAGUCAUCAUUGAAAGUUACGAGGAACAGGAGUUCCUACAGAAGAUGUAUAAGAUUAAAGGCUGUCUCUGGAUUGGGCUGUCAGACAUGAAACAUAAAGGUUCAUGGCAGUGGGUUAAUGGUUCCUCUUUGUCUCCCAGGUAGAUCAAAAAACAAGGGCAAAAUGAGG